GUUGUCAGUGAGCUUCGAAAAUGGAAUGGAACUCGUUCUAUUCAAACGCCUGCUACGAGUGUGGAAAUUGGGGUGACAGUUACCCCCUGACGAUGUGCAAAAGCUGUCGAGCAGUGGGUUUUUGUGACAAGGACUUGAAAAUUGGUGUAGAAAGGCACAAGGCGCUGUGCGAGGUAUUAACGGAGUUGCGGGGCUCAUCCCCGUCGGUAUUCAUAAGCGAGGGAGAUUCCCAGGCAUCCUGGGCCCUCAUGAAGACCAACCUAAUGCUGAUAAUCCAAUUAAAACUCGGUAGAAAGCUCAAUAAGCAGGAAGAAGAGGUCCUCAAAUUCCCGAAGCGCUGUCUCUCCUGUUUCGAGACAGACCCUGAGCGUCUGACAGACUGCAAGGUCUGUCCUGGUACCAGUUUCUGCUCUCGUCACCUACAAUCCCAGGAGGAGCAUGCAGUGAGAUGCAGAAAGUUGACAGAGUGUGCUGCAUCUGAUGUGUUUUUCGCCCUUCUGCUGAGGAGAGAAAUUCCAGGUAUUCCUGAGGAUCACAGCUCGUCGAAACUCCCUGAGGAUAUGAACCAAUUCCUCAAAAAUUGUGGGCCAAACAUUGCCCAUUUCCCUCACAACGUCCAGAGGUCAGCGAGCUCCGAGGUAUUUACCAGACCGCUGAGUCUUUUAUACGGAAUUGAGAGAUUGAGGUACAGUGUUGGGGAUGUACUAGUGAUCCACGUGGUGGGAGCAAGUGCUAUAGAUCUGGAGGACCCCAGUGCCUUCGAGAUUGUUCGCCAUUUCAGGCCGAAUAUCAAGGAGCUGUUGCUGGUGUUCGUUGGCCCUGACCUCAAGGGCAUCGAUGUACCCUCAAUGACACCUUAUUUAUGCUCCCAGUGUAAAAAGAGCGACGUCAAACUCGAUGUGCACAUAAUAUCAAAGCUUUAUCAUGAAUUCUUUGAGGAGACGGGCUUCCGCAUCCCUGAUAUUGUUGUUGGGUACAAUAUUGGAAUUCAUGAGUGCCUGGAGGCCGACUCUGAGAGGGAUACCUGGGCUCCAACCGUCAAAACUCUGGGCAAGUUGGGCUCUCCUCUUGUUGUGACCUCGUAUACCCUGGAGGAGGCCCAGAGGGACUACGAGAGGAUUCUCAAGGGUUCUCGGCAUUUUGUGGGUGUUAUGAUGGAAAAAAAUCCGUUUGGGAGCCUCAGGCACUACAGGGACUUUGAGAACGACGAGUUUUACUACCAGAAUCAAUUUAUAAUGGCAUUUACGGGGAAGGAAAUGACGGAAUGUAUGCGGGGCCUCACACUCAGGGAGGAUAUGAUGUGUGAUUGACUCACCCUGGAGACGACGAGGGGAGAAACCACGCCUGCUGUCGAUAAAGAGCACUGGGCCGUCUAGACCUCCUUCCAUUUGGGGUA